GUAGUCGUUUCUGCGCCACGGAAGCGGGUGGGGGGGGAGAAAACGCGGAGAAGUCGGCGGUGGACUGACCCCGGCUCCGAGGUACAGGCUCUGAUCUGCCCAGAAAGACAGAUCUCGGCGAAAGCGACUGGUUCCGGCCAGGGGAGAGCCCAGAGGCAGGCCCUAAGCCGUAGAUACGAACAGAAUGGGUGAACGGCGCAGCAAAAACCUUUUGGUCCAGCUGGGACCCAAAAUGCAGGCUUACCCAGAAGAGCUGAUCCGCCAACGCCGUACGCAUGAUGGCCUAACAGAGUAUCUCAUUCGCUGGAAUGUGCUGACUGUUGAUGAUAGUGGAGGAGGAGGUGGCAGCAGCAGCAAUGGAGGAAACAGUUCAUCUAGUGACAGUAAAGUGGAUAAUAUAUUGAUGUGGAUGUCAGCUGAAGAUGUAUAUGCCAACUGUCCUACGCUUCUUGGGAAACGGAAACCAGAGGGUCAAAGAGUAAAAGAAGAACAGGAACCAAGUGCCAGAUCUUGCCCAGUGAGUGCAGACUCUGAUGUCACGUUUGAUGAUGUAGAGUUACUUGAUAUGAAGGAGGACGUAAAGCAUUUAGUACAACGAGCCAGGCGACAGAUGUCUCGUAAACCUGGACCAGACUCAUCCUUGAAUAUUUCUCACACAAUUCAUGUUCUGAGUGCCUAUGCUAGUAUUGGCGCACUGGUGGGGGUGUUCAAAGAGACAGGAGCUUUGGAUGUGCUUAUGGAAUUACUCUGUAACAAGGAAACGCAAACACGCCGGAGUGCUGGGAAGAUGCUCAGAGCUCUUGCUUCGCAUGACGCAGGUAGCCGGGCAUAUGUUCUCCUCUCACUGAGCCAGCAGGAUGGGAUUGAACAACACAUGGAUUUUGACAAUCGUUACACCUUGCUGGAAUUGUUUGCAGAAACCACUUCUUCCGAAGAACAUGGAAUUUCAUUUGAAGGAAUUCACCUCCCUCAGAUACCGGGGAAACUCUUAUUUUCUUUGGUAAAACGCUAUCUGUGUGUCACCUCCCUAAUGGACAAGUUGAAUAACAGUGGGCAAGAUCUAAGUGGAGAGCGCCAGGACUGCACUGCCUCACAUGUGCCAGAACAAGCUCGGCUGCUCCGAGAGUUUGAAGUCACCAUGGCGAUGGCAAAUCUGAUUUCCGAAUUAGUUCGUGUCAUGGGCUGGGACCGGAACAAAGAACCUGAUUUUAUGGUGGGGUCAGUAGGAGAAGAACUGCCUAGGAACAUUAAAUCAAUAUUUCAGCCACGGAACAUGGUUGCCAGUAACUUAAUGAUAUCACAGCCACGCAAAAAAACAGUAACGACUUACAAAACCCGUUCAAACUUUGCCAGCCGGAGCAGUUAUGUGGAAUAUAUACAGGAGAAUUUAAAAACAGGCAUGACUGUGAAAAUGUUGGAGGAUUAUGAACAAGUUAGUUGUGGAGAUGAAGGAGAGUUUAGGUACAGCAAUGAUGGAACCCCUCCUGUACAGGUUUUCUGGCACCAGUUAAGUAGAACAUAUUGGGUGCACUGGCACAUGAUUGAAAUCAUUGGGGAUGGAACAAGUGGACAGGUGGAGAAGGAAUCGCAGGAGAAAGCUUCGUCGCUGACUGAAAACCUUAAACUAACAACAGUUGCCCAGACGUUUUUCCAUAAGCCACCAGGUGGAUUAUACUCGCUGCCUUAUCUGUCAGAGAGCAUUGCUGAGGAUUCCUCCACGCUCAGCCGCUCAGAAUGGUGGGAGGUGCUUUUCUUCAUCAAGAAGUUGGAACCAAAACAGCAGCAAGAAGCUCUUGACAUCAUUAGACAGAACCUGGAAGAUCAGAUUUCAGAAAUGGAUGAGAGUGUGUUGAUUCAGUUGACUGUACCAUCAGAACUUGCACAGAAGCUGCUUCAGUUCUUGAGACCCUUUUGCCCUUCAGCCUACCUGAAUGACCUAGAGUGUUCCCAUGUUUACACUAAACACUACUUAAAAAGGAAAGGGCUGGAUCAAGACAGCCUCUCAAGUGCGUUAACCAACGUUGAAUAUGUUUCCCUGCCUGGCACCGCUGGUUCAGUUGUUACGGGAUCAUCUGUCUCCCAGUCGAAGAAAGCCAAGAAAGAGAUUUCUCCAGAUACCACAAACACCACGACUAUUUCUAUCAAAAAUGAUGCUACACAACCACUAGAGAUGGGAAAAAUGGAGGAGUUGGAGCUACCUGAUGAUCUUGAAGAGAAACUGAAAGUUUUCAGCUGCCCAAAAGUAACUGGACGCAAGACGAAUUUGGAGAAGAUGGGAGAGGUGGUAGAGAUCAUGAAGAAGUCAAACUCUGAUAUCAGUUUGCAGGUUGCAGGUUUCAAGUUCAUUACUAAAAUGUUGGAAGAGGACAGCACGCGGGAGAAGGUGGCUCUGAAAGUGGAUUCUGGCCUUAAUCAAAGGGACAAACUGAUCAAAGUGCUUGUGGAAGAAUUGACCAGUUUGUCCAAGGAAAAGCCCCUGGUUGUCACCUGUUUGCGGCUGAUUUACAUCCUCAUGCAGCGAUAUGACUGGAGAGCCUUGUUUGCCACGGAGGGAGGGAUCAAGAGUGUUCUUUCCUGUAUGCAAGAGCACAAGAAUUCAGCACUUGUUCAGCAGGCUGCUCUAGCUGCUCUGAAAAUCUUGACUGGAGCCAGCAAAUAUGACAUGCGAACUAAGAGUGUUCGGCCUCACCUGGCAGAUGCCGAUGCCCAGAUCAUCCUUGAAAUCUUUGCCAGUAUAGGUUCAGCCUCCACCCAGGAUUCCAAAGGGCUGCUCAGUGUUAUUCCUGCUGCUGUUGCGAAAAUGAUGAACACCUCAGGGUGUUCCUCUGCAGUUCAGGAUGGCUUGUUAAUUGUCAUUAUGCUGGUUUCUAAUCACAAAAGUCUUGCUGAGUUAUUGGUAUCUUGUGAUAUCUGCCCAAUUCUGUAUAGCUGUAUUGGAAACGGAAGCAGUUCCACAGGCAGUCAUCAACAGAUGCUAGCUAUCAUGGCCCUCAGUAACAUCUCUCUGAACCACAAACUCUCCACUGGAAUUGAAAAUAAAGGAUCAAAAGAGGCUCUAAAUCUAAAGGAUGCUGAAUUGAAGAUGCUGCUUGUGAGUUUAAAGGAGCAGAGUGGUGCCAAAGAAAUCAUUCUUUCACUGGAACGUUGGAUUUGUGAUGAGACAACUGGGCUGGAAACUCAGAUUGAAGACAUCAUGAAAGAUAAAGAAGCCUUCCAGUCACUGUUGCAGGGAUUGGACCAUUUCCGCUCUGAGAAAGCUGUACAACAAGCCAUCAUACGAAUUUUGAGCAAGUUUUUGGAUAAUUAUCUGGAAGACCUGUUGCCCUGGCAUGAAAGCAUUGAACCAUGCUUGUCGUCCAUGACUGCCUAUAAUAAUGACAGAGAGGUACUACAGGAUUUCAUCAGGUUUCUGCAUAGGCUAGCAACAGUGAACAAGGAUUAUGCAGUUGUCAUGUGUCGUCUUGGGUCAAAAGAAAUUCUGUCAAAGGCACUGGACAAACACAGUUCUGCUUUACUGCUCGCUGGAGAGCUCAGAGAUCUUGUCAGCGACUGUGAGAAAUAUGCAAGCCUUUACAAGAAAAUGACCACCAGUAUCCUGGCUGGAUGUAUACAGAUGGUUUUGGGACAAAUUGAGGAGCACAGACGCAGCCAUCAACCAAUCAAUAUCCCCUUCUUUGAUGUAUUCCUGAGGAACCUCUGUCAAGGUCUGUCCGAACGGCUCAAUGAUAACAGACUGAAUCACGGUUCCAGUGUGGAGUUGAAAGAGGACAAGUGUUGGGAGAAAGUGGAGGUCUCCUCCAAUCAUCACAGAGCAACCAAGCUAACUGACAAGAACUCUAAAACAUACUGGGAAUCAAAUGGCAGCACGGGGUCCCAUUACAUUAAUAUUUACAUGCACAAAGGGGUAGUUAUCAGACAGCUGACCUUGGUGGUUGCGAGCGAAGACUCUAGUUAUAUGCCGGCUCGUGUAGUGGUGAUGGGUGGAGAUGAUCCCAGUAAUAUCAAUACCGAACUAAAUACAGUGAAUGUGGCACCCACUGCCAGCCGUGUUUUACUGCUGGAAAAUAUGACCCGUUACUGGGCAAUUAUUCAAAUUCGGAUCAAGCGAUGCCAGCAGGGAGGGAUUGAUACUCGUGUUCAUGGAUUCGAAGUUCUGGGACCAAAGCCAACCUUCUGGCCAGUUUUCAAAGAGCAGCUAUGCUGCCGGACUUACCUCUUCUACACGACGAAGGCCCACACGUGGUGCCAGGAGAUUCAGGAGGACAAAAUGCAGUUGCUGCAGCUUUUCAAUAAGUUAAACAGUGCUUUACGUCAUGAGCAGAUGUUUGCUGAUCGUUUCCUUCCAGAUGCAGAAGCAGCUGAAGCUUUGGGACGAACUUGUUGGGAGGCUUUGAUCAAUCCCAUUGUAUUCAGUAUCACAGCUUUGGACUAUACUAAUCCAAGCCCAUUAUCCUGGCUGCUGAGUGAAUAUCUGGAGAAUUCAGAAGUUUCGAAGCGGGGCAAAGGCCGAGCAACCAUCUUUAAUUCCAGGGUUCGGCGCCUUUGCCACCUUCUGGUUCAUGUAGAUACCAGUCGGAUUGAAAUAGAAGACAUAAAGCCAGCUGCUAAACCUGAUGGUAAAAACAAAUCAAAAGACAGCAGCAGCAACAGCAGCUCUGGAACUGUGAAAGGGCAGAUGGUGAGCAAGCCCAGCAGCAUCUCCGGAAUAGCACAGUGUUGGCAUGAAGUCGUACAGCAACAGGUGAAACGAUUCCUGGAUGGAGCAUGGAAUUCUCCUGAUUUUGUCAGACGUUACAGGGACAUGUACCUGAAGUUGAAGAAUGCCAUGGAGGAACUGUUUGGGCAGCAGACCGCCUUUGUAUUAGCACUGCGAAAGGGCUUCUCAGCAGCACUGCUUCAGCUGUCCCAUCUUACUGCCAUGCACGUCAGUGAACGGUUCGCACAGUACAUUGAUCAACGUAUCCAAGAAAGUGAAAUGAACACAAGCAAUGUGGAAACACUAAACCAGCUGCAGCAGUUCCUGGAGCCGAUGCUGUUCCUCUCUGGACUGGAGCUUGCUAACAUGUUUGAACAUUUCUACAGAUACUAUCUGGCGGAUCGCCUUCUGGGCCAGGGGAAAGUGUGGUUGGAGCGAGCUGUGAUCGAUCAUAUUGGGACCUGUUUUCCCAGUAGAUACCCUCAGCAGAUGCUGAAGAAUCUGACUGCAUCAGAUGAGCUGCAACAGGAAUUCCAUCUUUAUAGGUUGCAACAACUUGACAAGAAACUGGAAGAUCUGGAUGAUGACAUGAUGGAAGAUCAGCCGCCUAUUACCGAAGAAGAAAUGGAUUUAAAAGUUCUUGUGCUUUCUCCACGCUGUUGGUCCAUAUCUUUCCUCUGUUAUCUUGAUGAUCCGAGAGCAUUCUUCCCAUCUGCCCUCAGCAAUUUCCUGGAGGAGUUCUCUGACUUCUACACCAUUAGUCAGAAUGUUUAUGGGCUCAGCAGCACAAAGCCUCGACGGUUACAGUGGACGUGGCUAGGACAUGCUGUCAUCACCUUUGGAUCGUUGACUUUGCGUGUGUCUACUCUGCAAAUGUACAUCCUACUGCACUUUAAUGAACAGGAGGAAAUUCCUGUGGAGACCAUCUUGAAAUCGACAGGUUUGUCCCCAGUUUUGAUUAGUCAUGCACUGGAACCCCUGAUAGGAGAAAAUGACAUCCUUGUGCAACCAGGCACUGACAAAAACAGACUCAAAGGAAUCCUGAGGUUGAAUGAAAAAGUAUUAUGCAGAGGAUCAGCAAAUAAGCAGUACUGUUCAUUGCUGCCAAAACAAACCUAUUUAAAUGUGGAUGAAGAUGCUGCCAGCACAUUAGAACGCAAGAGAAAUGUUAUCUAUUGCAUGAUUGUACAGAUCAUGAAAUCUGAGAAGGAACUUCAUAUCGACAAUCUUGUAUUCAAGGUAAUUGAAAGGUGUCAGAACCAGGAAUCCAGUUUAGCGCAUAAGUUCCUUCACUUUAACUGCAGCAAUAUGGACGUUCUGUCUUGCAUCAUGCAUCUCAUCAACAAAGGUUACAUCAGACGGAAUGACGACAACCCUCACAUUCUGGAGUAUGUGCUUGAGGACCCAGCAACCCCUCGGAAAGGACAAGCACAGACAAUAUUCAGAAAACUUGGAACAAAACCCAUGGAGCCAAAUGACAAAGAGAAUCUGUCCUUAUUUAGCUUUAGCAGCGGUUUUGAGGCUGGGUCACGGAGCUCAGAAGAAGGAGUGCUGGAGACAGUGCUCAUGUCGAUGGGCCGAACCAUGAGUCAAGAGGAGGUGCAGCAACUGAUGAACCAGACUGUCCUGCAGGUUGCGGACACACUCAGCAUCUCCACUGAUAUGUCACAGCACUUGCUCAUGCACAGCAAGUGGAACGUUGACUUGUUGGUGCAGCGAUAUGCUGAAGAUCGUGAGGUCCUUCUGUUGGCGGCAGGACUUCAGGUCCGGAACCCACAACCACUUCACAGUCCCAUCACCCAGUGUCCAGUUUGUCUCAACCUGCUUACUAAUGAAAGUGAAGCUGCUCCCACUCUUUGCUGCAUGCACUACUGCUGUAAGUCCUGCUGGAAAGAGUAUUUAAUAACGAGAAUUGAGCAAAACCUGGUGCAGAAUUGUACGUGCCCAAUCUCUGACUGCCCUGCACAGCCAACCAAUGAAUUUAUCUCAUCUAUCAUCAGUGACAGUGAGAUUGCAGCUAAGUAUUCAAAAAUAUUGCUGCGAGGGUAUGUAGAAUGUUGUUCAAAUCUCACUUGGUGCACCAAUCCGCAGGGCUGUGAUCAGAUUCUCUGUAAGGAGGGGAUAGGCAGCGUUGGUACCUGUUCCAAGUGCUGUUGGUCCUCUUGCUUCUCCUGCAAUUUCCCAGAGGCACAUUACCCGGCUAGCUGCAGCCAUAUGUCACAGUGGAUGGAUGACGGUGGUUACUAUGAGGGAAUGACGAUGGAAGCACAAAGCAAGCACCUGGCAAAACUUAUUUCCAAGCGCUGCCCAAGUUGCCAUGCCCAGAUUGAGAAAAACGAAGGUUGUCUUCACAUGACAUGUGCGAAAUGUAAUCAUGGAUUCUGCUGGAGAUGCCUGAAGCCAUGGAAACCGACACACAAAGAUUACUACAACUGCUCAGCAAUGGUCAGCAAGGCAGCACGGCAAGAAAAACGGUUUCAUGAUUACAAUGAGAGAUGCACUUUUCACCAUCAGGCAAGGGACUUUGCUGUUAAUUUGGAAGCAAAAGUAUCUGCAAUAAAUGAAGCCUUGCAAAUGAAAUCACUAACAUUUGUUAUUGAUGCCUGUAAGAUGCUUGCUCAGGCAAGAAAGGUAUUGGCCUAUUCGUGUGUGUACAGUUACUAUAAUCAGGACACUGAAAAGAUGGAUAUAAUGGAACAACAGACAGAAAACUUGGAGCUGCACACCAAUGCCCUGCAGAUUCUUUUGGAGGAGACGCUGCUACAGUGCGUGGACCUGGCCUCCUGCAUUCGUCUGCUCAAACCAGAACACUUGAACACGGGUCUGGAACUGAUCCGCAGGAUACAGGAGCGGCUGCUUGGCAUCCUGCAGCACUCCACUCAGGAUUUCAGAGUGGGGUUUCAGCCGAAGCAGGGAGUCGAUCAAAAUGAAGUUCAGUCCACAGAUCUUUCAAACACAGUACCAUCUGAUUCCAUAAAAGAAGUGAAGUCGGGCAGUCAGACUGAGGAAGAGGAUGGAGAAUAUGAUGAUGAUGAUGAUGAUGAAUAUGUCCCGGAGUGGCAUGAUACAUACGAUGAGGAAGAAGAUAUUGAUGAAGAUGAUUUUUCAGAUGAUGAAUCAGAGAAUCUAGAGAGAGAUUUCUUUUACCUAGAAGACGAUGUUUAUGACUAAAGAGAGUUGAGAUUUUUAUAUAUAUAUAUAUAUAUAUAUAUAAUAUUCUGAAUAAGUGGACAAUUUGAAGAAAUGUAAUUCAUUGUAGUCAAAUGAAAAUAUCUUAGUCCCAUGCAGUACCAUAGACUUCUUUUGUUAUGCCACUUCUGGUUAACUGGCUUCACUUUGAUUUGUUUUUUUUUUGAUGUUCGGGUUCAAAAAUACACAGACACACACCUGAGGAGAGACUGUCUUUCCCUUUUAUUUUGUUAACACAUCUCACCACCCCACCUCGGAGAAAACUACUGAUAAACUGCUCCUGAGCUGUUUAUGGGAAAUGUUUGCUGAAUUCAGUUAAAAGAAAUUAAGGACACUGAAGUCUCCACUUAGCAGAAAGCUUCUAUUGUUCAUAUAUAAUGUUCUGUUUUUCUGACAAAUUACAUUUAUGCCAGUUACAUAAAUAAAACACUUUCUAAUGUAUAAAA